AGAAAAGCUCCAAGCUUGUCGAACGAAAUGCCAGAGAACAGCUCCAAAUCUGGCGAAUUACUAGAGAAAGCUCCAAACCCGAAUAGCUUCAAACCCAGUGAAGAAAAUUACCAGAGAACAGUUUCAAAAUUUUCAAGAAACCUACCAGAGAACAACUCCAAAUCCGGUGAAGAAAAUUACAAGGGAAAAUCUCCAAACCCGGCAAAGAAACUAGAAGCUGAAGCUGAAUUAGAAAAAUUAUCAGAGAUCAGAAACCUACCAGAGAACAGUUCCAAAUCUGGCGAAGAAAUAGCUAGAGAAAGCUCCAAACCCGGCAAAGAAAAUUACCAAAAAAAAGCCCAAACCUGCUCCAAACCCGGCGAAGAAAAUUAUGAAAGAAACCUGGCGAAGAAAAUAGAAGCUGAAGCUGAAUUAGACUAUCAAGAAAUAGCUCCAAACCCAGCAAAGAAAAGUAUCAGAGAUCAGAGAUCUACCAGAGAACAAGUAGGUUUUGUGGUAGAAAACUACUCCAAACCCAGCGAAGAGAACAGCUCCAAACCCAGAAAGAAAAUAGAAGCUGAAGCCGAAUUAGA